CUCACUGCGAGGCGGAGUCCAGUGCUAGCUGAGGGGUGCCGGCUGCCAGAGUGGAUAUGGGGCCCAGCCGCACCGGGGCUGUACUUGCCGCCCUGGGAGUGCUUAGUGUCUGUGCGGUCAGCGGCCCGGGGCCCGAGGCGGAGAGGGAGACCGGUGGGGACGCGGGGUGGGCGGAGCCGUGGGAUGGCGCGGUUUUCCGGCCGCCCUCAGCGCUGGGCGCGGUGGGGGUGGCGCGCAAGCCCGGGACCCCGCGGCUGGGGAGGGAGGAGGCCGUGGACUUGCCGGUGCUGCUGUGGUGGAGCCCAGGGCUGUUUCCCCACUUCCCAGGAGACUCGGAGCGCAUCGAUUGCGCGCGCGGCGCGUGCCUGGCGUCCCGAGACCGAGGGAUGCGGGGAGACCCGCGGACGCGCGCACUGCUGUUCUACGGCACCGACUUCCGCGCGUCUGAGGCGCCACUACCGCGCAUGGGGCACCAGAGCUGGGCGCUCCUGCAUGAGGAGUCGCCCCUAAACAACUUCUUGCUGAGCCAUGGUCCGGGCAUCCGCCUCUUUAAUCUUACCGCCACUUUCAGCCGCCACUCAGACUACCCGCUGCCACUGCAGUGGCUGCCCGGCACUGUCUAUCUGCGCAGCGCCGCGCCGCCGCUCCAGGAGCGCGCAGAGUGGCGCCGUCGCGGCUAUGCGCCGCUGCUUUAUUUGCAGUCCCACUGCGACGUGCCUGCGGACCGGGACCGCUACGUGCGAGAGCUCAUGCGCUACAUCCGGGUGGACUCGUACGGGAAAUGCCUGCAAAAUCGGGAGCUGCCCACUCCGCGGUUACAGGACACAGCCACAGCCACCACCGAGGAUCCAGAGCUCUUGGCCUUCUUGUCCCGCUAUAAGUUCCAUUUGGCCCUCGAAAAUGCCAUCUGUAACGACUACAUGACAGAAAAACUGUGGCGCCCCAUGCACCUCGGUGCUGUGCCUGUGUACCGCGGCUCUCCCUCUGUGAGGGACUGGAUGCCCAACAAUCACUCCAUCAUCCUCAUUGACGACUUUGAAUCACCUCAGAAGCUGGCAGAGUUUAUUGACUUUCUGGAUAAGAACGAUGAGGAAUAUAUGAAAUAUCUGGCAUACAAGGAACCUGGGGGCAUCACCAACCAAUUCCUUCUGGAUAGUCUGAAGCAUCGGGAGUGGGGAGUGAAUGAUCCUUUAUUGCCUAACUACCUCAAUGGCUUCGAGUGUUUCGUCUGUGACCACGAACUGGCUCGACUGGAGGCCGAGAAAGCCCAUGCUGCCUCUCCUGGAGACAUUCCUCUCCCUGAGCCUCACAUUGCCCAGCUCUCACACCUGGACUGCCCAAUGCCCACACCUGGCUUUGGCAGUGUGGAAGAGAUUCCUGAGAAUGACAGCUGGAAGGAGAUGUGGCUGCAAGAUUAUUGGCAAGGUCUGGACCAGGGGGAAGCUCUUACUGCCAUGAUCCGCAACAAUGAGACACAGCAGAGGAAAUUUUGGGAUUACCUACAUGAAAUCUUCAUGAAAAGGAACCAAAAUCUCUAAUUACCCUUGUGAGAGCUUUUAACUUGGUAGAGCUUAGGAGAUGGAAGUCCUUAAUCUACCAUGGGACAUGAGAGGCAUCCGCUGCACAAACUCUCAUUCAACACUGUCUUAUCAUGAAUUCAAAGAAUUCCAGUUAUAUCCACUGAUAUUUUAUCCUAAUGAUGUAUAGCUAGGGUCUCAGCCUUUGGUAAUAGGGCCACUCAAGAAGAGAUGGAGGCAUCCAGUUCAUGGUAUAGUGGGAAACAGAAGCCUGAAACACCCAUUUGAUUCAAGGUGCUGAUCCAAUAGAAUUUUUAAAGAACUGAUUAUUUCGCUAGCAAUUUCAUCCUCUCAGUUGUGAUUGGAACAAUACCUUACUACUUGGCUAUGAAUGAGGUAAGAUGAGCCAGGUUUAGGGUCUUAAAAUUUCGGUGCUAUUCCUCAAACCCUUCAUUAUUCAAUACUUUUCCUAAUCUAUUUUCCUCAUCCCUUGCUUUAUAAACUUUUACACUGGUGGCGAAGCAAAACUCCUGGUGGGUUGUAUUCUGGUUCUCUGGAGUUGUACUUUUUACAUCAUUUACUUUGCAUUUCAUGUCAAACUUUUUCCUUUAAAUGGCUUUUUCUUUCCUGGUUUUCCACAAUUUCUGAUGGAGAUGCAACAGCCUUGCCACCAUUCCCACAUUCAUUCUCUCCUGCAUUAAACUGGUUAUAGAUUUGACAGCUUUUCUUACUGAGUGUUUGCUUCUUAUCUAGGGCAUAUCUGGAAUGCCUUCUCUCCUCGUGAACAGCAAGAUUCAGAAGCUAAUGUAUGCCAUGUCAGUUUAAUGAAUUGUCUUGCUCAGAUGGAGACUAAGGCUGGAAAUGAUGGCAGAAAAAGAUAUAUAUAUAUAUAUAUAUAUACAUAAAAUAUUUAAAUGAUUUUGAAAUGUUAAAAUAGGCCAAUGUAAAUCAAAGUGCAAAUUUUUAUAGGUCUUUGUUCUUUUGUCUACCUAGUGAACUAUUCCCUCUAUUUUAUUAUUUUUAUAUACUACAAGUCUCAUUUUCCCCCAAAGAGUCAUGAAAAUUAUGGUCAAAAAACCAGCCCAGCAAUAUAGCUCUAAAAAUCAUCUCAUAUUCUCUAGCACUUUUCACUCUAAGUGGGAUGAAUAUUCCAACUUCAUUCAUUCUAUUACUAGUUGAUAUCCUUCUAUACAACUUUAUGGUACUUACUGAGUCUGCAUUUUGAUGGAGCCCACCCAAGGCCCUAAGCUCAAGGUGAUGAAAGGCGAGGCAAGAGAUUUAAGCUACCACAAGUGGCUAGCUAAAUAAAAAGCUUUUAGUCAGAUUUGGGGAUGUAGCUAAAUGCUUCUAUUGCUGUGGUUUGAACAUACAGCUUAAUGGGCAGGGAGCUUUUCCUGGGGCAGAGGGACAAGACCUUAGACAUUGGACCUUAGAGCUACCCUGGUUGUAAUGCUGUAUUAUGAAUUAUCACUAGAGAAGUCCCAUAGCUUAUCAAUAUAUCUAGUUUAGUGUGUGUGUGUAUGUAUAUGUAUACACACACACAUUAACUUACAACCAGAUAUAUAAAUGUAUAUAUAUUAGAUGCUUCAAGAGGGUCUCAUACUUAUUGUGACAUCUAAAGAUGUGGAAAAGCUAUAAUUUAGGCUGGAUUUCACUGCCAUGGCAGUUCUUUUUUCAUCUUAUUCUUUAAUAAAAGUGCUCUUCAAAACAGCAUGGAAAGUUUGCUUACCCUGUUUGGACUUUUGCAGAAAAGAACAAGAGGGAAAGACAGACCUUCAAAAAUACUUAUGUUAAAAUUUGAUUUAGUAGGGAUCCACAAAAGAAGUCAAAUUCGGGACUCUGAUUUCUAAGCUUGCAAUCUAUUUCAAUGCAGGUGCUGCUUUAUAGCGCAAAAUAUGUAUUUCCCAAGUGCAAACUAAGGUUAGGACUCAAGUUUAAUCAUGUGCAAUACAAGGGGUAAGUAAUGGUUAUGCAAGGUGUAGACUCACCCUUAUCUAAUUACACCAGUUCACAUUGCCAUUCGUUUAGCACUUUUAUGUACAAAGUGGGCCAGUUGAUUAUGAAUGAUUGUGGCUGAAGACUCAUGCCUGCUUUGUAGUCAGUGCUUCCUAGACUUUCUCCUUUAUUGCUAUCACCAUAAAAGUAUUCACAAAAGAGCAGGGUAAACCAGGUGCUACAUUUCCACAAGGGAAAGCAGAAUCAGGAAUAGCCACAUGGUAUUUAACUACUAGGCUUCAUUUCUUCUCUGGAGAAAGCAAGCAUUGUGAAUUUUCUCUGGUUUGGUGGGGCCCAGCCUGCUCUGUAUACAGCAGCAGGCUUGGGGUUACUGGUGGUAGAAGUGUCUGACAGGAAUCAGUUUUAUUUGUUUUGCUGGAGUCGGGGGUGGAGCAUGGGGCUGAUUCCUUUAUUACUCCAGGUGUUGCUAUUUUCUAUUAUCUCAGGUUUCACUUUGUGUAAUAAAUGGCUUCUUUUAAA